UCCUGCAGGGGUCCGUCCCCUCGAACAGACACUCUGCAACAACAUGACAGUCCUCAGUGUACGUACUCACUGCCAUGGCCCCCUUUACAUCCCAUCCUUGCCCCUCAUCACCUCUCCCUCUCUCUCCCCUCUUAGUGAUCUCCUCUUUUAACCGAUCCUCAGGCUCCAAAAAUCAGUCUCUCACUCGCUCUCUUUCUCGUUGUCUCCGAUGAAUGGGUGGUGUUGGUGGUUCUGAAACAGGAGGCCUAAGUCGACACCACCACCCAUCAUGGACCUUCACGCCAUGAAAGAAGGGGAGAAUGGUCGUGGCCGCCACGGCCGCGGCGAUUCCGCCGCCUCUUCUGGCUCGGCCGACGGGAUGAAGGACUCGCUCAACGGGUUGAAGCUCGGGAAGAGGACCUACUUCCAGGAUGCAGGCGCCAGCGGCGGCGGUGGCGGCGGCGUCUCGGCUAAGUCGAAGGGGAACUUUCAGGCCUCCCCCUCUGGCUCGGCACCGGCCGCGACGCCGAAGAGGGCCAGAGGGUUGGUUCAAAGCGGGCAGCCGCCGAGGUGCCAGGUCGAGGACUGCAAGGUGGACCUGACCGGCGCUAAGGCCUACUACUGCAGGCACAAGGUGUGCGGUGUGCACUCUAAGUCCCCUAAGGUUAUUGUCGCCGGGAUCGAGCAGAGAUUCUGCCAGCAGUGUAGCAGAUUUCAUCAGCUGUCUGAAUUUGACCAAGGAAAGCGCAGCUGCCGUAGACGUUUGGCCGGCCAUAAUGCACGUCGCAGGAAGCCACCACAUGGUUCAGCAUCAUCCCACUUUGGACGAUUUUCGUCUCUCUAUGAGGACAGCAGAAUUGGACUCUUGACAGACUUUACCUUCCCAAGGCAGGCUGGGAAAGAUGUUUGGCCAACCAUCAGAGCCAGUGAACGUGUACCAAACCAAGUUCAAUCUACUGAAAAAUAUGCUCCACAUGUCUGGCCAGCAGAUGCGCCUACUGCUGACAUUUUGUCUCCAGGAGUCCAUCCAUUUUUACAAGGCUUACCUGGUGGGUCCAGCUUUUCCGGCCAGGAAAUUUCAUCAAGCGGUUGUUUCUCAGGAGUCUCCAACCAAGGUUGUGCUCUCUCUCUUCUGUCACCCCAGCCAUUGGGAUUAAAAGGCCGGGCUUCAGGCCUUAUUUCUGUUAACCACUUCAUCAAUGAGGAAGAUGCUGCUAUAGCUCCAUGCCCUGGUGCUCAGCCCUGCUCUGGUGUCAAUGCUGACAAGCUGCUUACAGUUUCAUCACAAUGGUCUGCACCAUUUCCUUCAUUUAGUGCAUACCCUCCAACUGCCAUUCUGGAGCCGCUUUCACCUGCUAGGACCAGGGGUAGUGGAUGGAAUUUCAGAGGCAAUGAAGGCUCAAAUUCUCAGGACAUCCAGUCUGAACUGGACUUGAAGCAAGUAUCAGAAUUGCAUGGCAGCCAAUUUCCUGGUGAGCUCGAGUUGGUGCCACAAGGAGGUAGGUUGAUGGACCCUGGACACUUGAGGUCAUUUGGCCCUUCUAAUCAUAAUCCGCACUGGGGUCUGUAGCAUGGUCCCUCAUUAGCAAUGGAUUGAAUGCUUCUUUUUCGGGUUUCCGAUAUUUUGGAGAACACUGUUAUUGGUCAAGUAAGAGCUCAGUGUAGUUCGCACUUGCAUUUGAUCGUCCAUGAUAUGGAACAUCAUCUUUGGACUUUCUUUA